AGUUAGUCGAUCUUCUGGGGUAGGUUUCAGUACAGAGACCAAAGGGACAUUCUCAGACACUAGACACGCUAUGCAAAGACAGGAUGUCACAUGACAAAGGAUAACGGCACAAGCAAACAUUUAAGCAACAGUGUUCCAUACCGGCUCCCGUAGAAAGAGGACAAGACUAUAGGAAAGAAAGCAAACACACCACAGAGGACUACAGCAAAGACACAAAGUAUCUGCAGGAUGACCUCAUUACAUCAGGUGUUAUAUUUUAUCUUUUUUGCCUCAGUUUCUAGUGAAUGUGUUACUAAGGUCUUCAAAGACAUCAGCUUUCAAGGAGGUGACCUGAGUACUGUUUUCACACCGAGCGCCACCUACUGCCGCCUGGUCUGCACUCACCACCCACGGUGCUUGCUCUUCACGUUCAUGGCUGAGUCAUCUUCCGAGGAUCCUACCAAACGGUUUGCUUGCAUCCUGAAGGACAGCGUCACAGAAAUAUUGCCAAUGGUAAACAUGACAGGCGCGGUCUCUGGAUAUUCCUUCAAGCAAUGCCCUCAGCAAUUAAGUGCUUGCAGCAAAGAGGUGUACGUGAACCUAGACAUGAAGGGCAUGAACUAUAACAGCUCUGUGGUGAAGAAUGCUCGAGAAUGCCAGGAGAGAUGCACAGACGAUGCCCACUGCCAGUUUUUCACAUAUGCGACAGGGCAUUUCCCCAGUGUGGACCAUCGUAAAAUGUGUCUUUUGAAGUACACCCAAACGGGGACGCCAACCACAAUAACGAAGCUCAAUGGCGUGGUAUCUGGAUUUUCAUUGAAGUCCUGUGGACUUUCAAAUUUGGCUUGUAUCAGGGACAUUUUCCCAAACAUGGUGCUGGCAGACCUUAACAUUGACAGCGUGGUGGCCCCAGAUGCUUUCGUCUGUCGUCGCAUCUGCACGCAUCACCCCACUUGUUUGUUCUUCACAUUCUUUUCCCAAGCAUGGCCAAAAGAAUCUCAGAGACAUCUUUGUCUCCUUAAAACAUCUGAAAGUGGAUUACCAAGCACACGCUUUACAAAGAGCCACGCCCUUUCGGGGUUCAGUCUCCAGCACUGCAGGCACAGCGUCCCAGUAUUCUGCCAUCCGUCCUUUUACAACGACACUGAUUUCUUGGGAGAAGAGCUGGACAUCGUCGAUGUGAAAGGCCAAGAAACCUGUCAGAAAGCGUGUACCAAUAACGCCCGCUGCCAGUUCUUUACCUACUAUCCAUCGCACGGACUGUGCAAUGAGAGGAACCGCAGGGGCAGAUGUUACUUAAAGCUUUCCUCCAAUGGAUCUCCGACGAGAAUACUUCAUGGGAGGGGAGGCAUCUCUGGAUACUCACUGAGGCUGUGCAAAAUGGAUAAUGUGUGCACAACUAAAAUCAAGCCCAGGGUGGUAGGAGGAGCUGCGUCUGUUCACGGUGAGUGGCCAUGGCAGGUGACCCUGCACACCAGCCGGGGACACCUGUGUGGAGGCUCCAUCAUUGGAAACCAGUGGAUACUGACAGCAGCUCAUUGUUUCUCUGGGAUAGAGACACCUAAAAAGCUGCGUGUCUACGGUGGCAUUGUAAAUCAAUCAGAAAUAAAUGAAGGGACUGCUUUCUUCAGGGUUCAAGAAAUGAUAAUUCAUGAUCAGUAUACGACAGCAGAAAGUGGGUAUGAUAUUGCCCUGUUAAAACUGGAAUCAGCCAUGAAUUACACAGAUUUUCAGCGGCCAAUAUGCCUGCCUUCCAAAGGAGAUAGAAACGCAGUGCACACAGAAUGCUGGGUGACUGGAUGGGGGUACACAGGACUAAGAGGUGAAGUACAAAGUACUCUUCAGAAAGCUAAGGUACCAUUGGUGUCAAAUGAAGAAUGUCAGACAAGAUACAGAAGACACAAAAUAACCAACAAGAUGAUCUGUGCAGGCUACAAAGAAGGAGGGAAGGAUGCGUGCAAGGGAGAUUCUGGAGGGCCCCUGUCCUGCAAAUACAAUGGGGUCUGGCACUUGGUGGGCAUCACAAGCUGGGGUGAAGGCUGUGGUCAGAAGGAGAGACCGGGGGUCUACACGAACGUGGCCAAGUACGUGGACUGGAUUCUGGAGAAAACUCAAACAGUCUGAAAGAGUUUGAGGGCAUCACUUUGUGGCCCUGGAAGAUUAUUCCAUAGAAGCAAAUUGACAUCUCUGGUGAAGACACUGGGAUGCUGACUCUUCCACUGUAACCAACUGAAGGGCCUUGAUAUACGUACGAACACCCAGAAAGAAAACUAUUAUUUUCAGAAUUCCUGAUCUGGGAGAACCACUGGUUGUUUUCUGCAUCCAGCUACUACUCAAGGAAACAAAUACAGCAUGGAGAUUUUAAAAAUAAAAACACAUCAGAUAUACAAGGAAAAUAUCAA